GGGAUCAAUAGGAGAAGAAAUAUUGUGCUCAUAUUCUCUCUGUUUGGCUCGGUUUCGUAUGGUGGGUGUGCUUUUAUUUCAUUGUAUCUUGUUUGUUUUAUUUGGUUGUAUUGUAUUAUAUUGUAUUGUACCUUGAGAGUGUGAGUUUGAAUUUAGAUGGAGAUUUUGACGAGGGAGAUUUUGGGGAUGUGGUGCUGUGUGGGGGAUGUUUGAUCAAGGCAAUGGCAUAGUUUUAUGCUAGAUUUGAGGGGAUUUUUGAGAGAGGAGAUAUGGGAAUGGAUGGCGAGCAUGUUUGUUGAAUGUGCUCACCUUCUCGGGUGUUUGGGGAGAAUGUACAUUUGAAGGUAUUCGGGGUGGUUGCUUGUUGGAUUGCUAUUGUAGACUUUUGUGGUGAGGAUAUAAAUAUCCUAACACGCCAUGUUGGAAGUAUAUUUCGUGGCAGUAGCAUUUAAUACAUCGAAUCAUUUCUUGGAUCUCAAUCGAACAAUACCGAAAUCACCAUUUAUUCUUCACAUCAAUAAUGUACACCAUUACUCUUCUCUCCGCGCUGGUCGCCUUCUCCCUCCCCCUCCUAAGCACCGCUCAUUUCCUCCUCUCCUACCCCGCCUCCCGCGGUUUCGACGAAGAUACACUGUCCCAAUUUCCGUGCGGAGGACAAGAUACGGUAUCGAGCAAUCGAACUCUCUGGCCUCUAUCCGGAGGUUCCAUCGCUCUAGAUAUGGAAGAUGCGUCUGCGAAUAUCGAGGUCUUGAUUGGUUUUGGGAAUAAUGUCGGGAGUGCGUUUAAUACGGUUCUGCGACAGACUUUUGCCGAGACGGGGAAGGGAAGUUUUUGCAUGGAGGAUUUGGUGGUGGAUGGGGCGAAGUGGAAUGUGACUGAGGGGAUGAAUGCUACGAUUCAGGUUGUGACUGGGGAGAUGGGGACGAGUGGGGGAUUGUAUAAUUGUGCGGAUAUUACUUUCUCGAAAAAUGUGUCGACGUCUGUGGGAAGUUGUUCGAAUGCAACGGAUGUGAAAACUACUGUGGCGGCAACUACAGGCAAUCCGAAUACUACGUCGACUUCGACAAAGUCUAGUUCUGGUGCAGCUACGUUUGGAGGAAAUUAUAUAUCGGUGGGAUUGGUAACUGCUGGAGUUGUAGUUGCUUCUCUGUGGUGAUGUUGGAUAUAUCAUGUGUACAUUACAUCAUACAUAGUAUAUAAAGUAAUAUAAUAUUUUUGCUGGCGCACAUCAGCAGUAAUACAAAAGACUUCCUUCUCAAAAAUGAUGAAUAAUUAGGAGAAGCCAGAAAUCCUGUUGAUAGGCGUCAUGAACCGCAGAACAUUGUAUGAAACCAUACCAAAACAUUACUGACGUCUUGGAAUCGGAACACGUCUUCACACACGGAAUAAUCUUUUGCCUACACUCGAUGGCUGCAGUGUUCGCUUGGGUGUAGAAAGAGACUUUGGAGGUUCUCUCGUGCUCUUGUAAGUAGCCAUGAAUGCAUACUCCGAUGGUAGCAUCCAAAUACUCAAACCACGCCAAUAGCAUCCCUCGAUCCGAUCA